GAGACUAGAGUUAGUAUGGGGCGGGAAGUGGAUCCCGGUUCUGGGGUUACAGGGGGAGCUGUCCAGCCCCGCAGACCCAGCUGGAAGGGAGAGUGGGCCAAGGCGCGCCAGGCGGAGCGAGGCGCGGGCGCCAGGCGCGGGUGCGGUAGUGACUCCCCCUGCAGCCCGCCCCCCACGUGGCCGCCGCGGUCCCAGCCCCUCCGAGGAAGCGGCGCGGCUUCCUGCGGUUCGGGCCGGGGAUAUAGGCGCCCCCGCCCGGGCCAGCUCAACUCCGCCGCUCCUCCUCGCCUUCUCGCCCAAGGCGUGAUGGCCCGGUUCCUGGUGGAGCGCGCCCCGGGUGGAUCGCUGCUUGUUAUGAUCCGCGCCGGGCGGCCAGCCCCGCUCCGCCUCCCUCUGCUGCUGUUGGUGCUGCUGCUGUUGGUGCUGCUGGGAGCUGUCUCAACCUCCCCGGAGUCCCUGAAUCAAUCUCUUCCCGCUGAGGACAGCUUGCUGUCAAAAGGGAAUAUGGAGGAGAGCUAUGAAAUCAAUGUCCUACCUUGCUGGUAUCAUUACAAGAGUCAUAUGGACUCUGUCAAGGACUGGUGCAACUGGACUUUGAUUAGCAGGCAUUACAGCGACCUGCAGUAUUGCUUGGAGUACCAUGCCGACAGGUUUGGCCUGGGUUUCCCAAAUCCUUUGGCAGAAAGGAUCAUCUUUGAGACUCACUUGAUACACUUUACCAACUGCUCCCUGGUGCAGCCCACCUUCUCCGAUCCCCCAGAGGACGUGCUGUUAGCCAUGAUCAUCGCCCCGAUCUGCCUCAUCCCUUUCCUGGUCACUCUUGUGGUGUGGAGGAGUAAAGACAGUGAUGCCCAGGCCUAAGGGGUCCCUUGCUCAGCAGUCAAUCCUCUGCCGGAACCGGGAAUCUCCCUCCCUACCCUCUUUUCCUCACCCUCAUCUUUUCCACAGACCUUUGGAUUGGUGGAAAGGGAAGCCAAGUGACAUCGUCUUUAAAAUAAAAUUUUAAAAAAUGGGGUUUUGUACACUA